CAAUGGACCUUGCGGUGGCGAAGCAACUCCUCGACGAGACUUCACGCCGGCCGCCCUGCUCGUCGUCGCCGGCGGCAUCUGCGGCGCGCGCGCGUCAUCCUCAUCCCCAGCUAAGUGGCCUCACCGUCACCGAGCGCCCGCGUCGGAUCGCGUGCGGGAGAGAGCGGGGGGCGGAGAGAUCUGGUGCGAGGUCGAGUCGGGGCGCCGGCGAUGGCGGACGACGCGGGCGGCGGCAGGCGCGAGUACAGCAUCAUCGUGCCCACCUACAACGAGCGCCUCAACGUCGCCCUCAUCGUCUACCUCAUCUUCAAGCACCUGCCGGAUGUCAACUUUGAAAUCAUAGUUGUGGAUGAUGGAAGCCCUGAUGGAACUCAAGACAUUGUAAAGCAGUUGCAGCAAAUAUAUGGUGAAAACCGUGUUCUGCUGCGAGCUAGACCGAGGAAGCUAGGACUUGGUACUGCAUAUUUACAUGGACUAAAGCAUGCCUCUGGGGACUUCGUUGUUAUCAUGGAUGCUGACCUAUCUCACCAUCCGAAGUACUUGCCAAGCUUCAUUAGGAAGCAAAAGGAAACUGGUGCUGAUGUUGUAACUGGCACCCGUUAUGUUCAGAACGGUGGUGUCCAUGGUUGGAAUCUCAUGCGCAAGUUGACUAGCAGGGGAGCAAAUGUUCUAGCACAAACAUUACUACAGCCUGGAGCUUCUGAUUUGACUGGAUCAUUCAGGCUAUAUAAACGGAAUGUCCUAGAAGAUUUAAUCUCCUCGUGUGUCAGCAAGGGAUAUGUUUUCCAAAUGGAAAUGAUUGUUAGGGCUACCAGGAAAGGUUAUCACAUUGAAGAGGUUCCAAUAACUUUUGUCGAUAGGGUUUUUGGAACUUCAAAACUUGGUGGAUCUGAGAUAGUUGAGUAUCUGAAAGGCCUUGUUUAUCUGCUGCUCACUACAUAGGGAAAAAACCGCUAGGCGCUUAACUGUAUCAGACACAACUCGUGAUAGAGGAACUUCAAUUUGUUAUAUCUACAGUUUUGAGUUGCGUGAAUUACUGAUUUUCUGACUUGCCAGUGGGUUCUCGUACAGUGUAUUUGGUGUGUAAGUACACUUUCAUGAGCAAGGGCAAGAACACAAUUGUACCAUCUAUAUAUGAACUGCAGAGAAAGCUUUGGGUACGGUUGCUUGUGUUCUACACUUUUUUUAGGUAAACCUCAAAGAGGACUGGGAGCAACUGUUUUCAUUGAAGAAGAAGAGACUUGGCCCAGUUUAA